AUUUUAGCCCUCAUAAAAUGAUGGUUAUGUGUUAAAAUUAAAUUCAUAGAGAUAUUUGUUUUGUUUGUGUCAACUUUAUACUGCAUCCAGUUGGAACAGUGAUUGUUCGAAUUUUAAUAAAUUAAAUCGUGAAUAUGCCGAAAUUAAACUGUGAGAUUUAGUAUAAUUUCAGAAUACAUCAAGCUUAUUUUACAUUCUUGUUCCAAAAACUAAUUCCUAUGAAACUUUAGAGCUAUAAUAUCUUUAUAAACAAAACUACACAUUUACAGGAUGGCCGACAGUGAAUAUAGGCCUCGACUGUUCAUAGGUGGACUAAAAGGACCAGUUGACAAAGAUGAACUGACCUCAGCAUUUGCAGAGUUCGGGAACAUCGUAGAUGUUUGGGUAGCAUACGAUCCUCCAGGUUUUGCAUUUGUGGAGUAUGAUAGCAUGGAGUCAGCUAAAGCUGCUAAAGAAGCAAUGCAUCUCACUGACUUAUUUGAUACUCAGAUAAGGGUCGAGUUGACAAAGCACUCAAAAGGAGCCAGGCAUGGGUCUGGUAAGACGAUUGAACUUGGUGACAAACCUAGACUCUUUAUUGGAGGUCUCAAAGAGGAGGUUGAGGACUCCCAGCUAAAAGAGCUGUUUGAGAACGUGGGACCUGUCACUGAUGUGUUUGUUGCAAAAGGCAAAGGAUAUGCUUUUGUUGAGUUUGGCAGCAUGGCUCACGCCAAAAGAGCAAUGUCAGAGUACGACCAGAGUGAACAGUGGGGGAUGAGGAUCAGAAUAGAAAUGUCAAACGCAAAGGGCUCUGGAGGUGGUGAUCGUGGUGGCAGGGAUGGUGGAAGAGACGGUGGUUAUGGUGGAAGAGGAGGUGGUGGAAGAGGCGGUGGCAGGGGUCGUGGAAGAGGUGACAGAGGAGGGCGUGGUCGCGGGGGCCGUGGUGGAGAUCGAGGUGGUAGAUCAGCUCCUUAUCCUCCCAGGGGAGGGGGACAAAGGCCUCCAGCGAGACGACCCCCACCCGCGUCGUAUUACGAUGAGGAUGCUUAUUAUGCCCCCAGAGCGCCACCAGCGAGAGAUCCUUAUUACGAUGAUUACUAUGCCCCUCCGCCUAGGGCUCCAAGGGAUCCAUAUGGUGCUCCACCGCCGCGAAGGCCUGCUGCUGACCCGUAUGCUGCUGAUCCGUAUGCAGCCCCGCCGGCCAGGCGAUACCCUCCGCCUCCUGCUGCCAGUGCGCCUGCCAGAGAUCCGUAUUAUGAUGAUCCCUACUAUGCUGCCAGCUCGUAUGCAGCCCCUCCACCUGCCAGGCCAGCUGCAAAAUCAGAUCCGUAUGCAGCCGACCCUUAUGCGAGAGCACCACCACCCGAGGCAGAUCCUUAUGCAGCAGCUCCUAGAGCAGACCCAUAUGCUCGCGCCGACCCAUAUGGAAGACCUGAGGCCCCUCCAGCGCGUGCUGCUGACCCUAGAGUUGCUGCUAAAGAUCCAUAUGCUGCGGAUCCUUAUGCCAGAGAUCCGUACAAGAGAGCCGCUGCAGAUCCCUAUGCUGCAGAUCCGUAUGCGCGGCCUGCCACUUUAGCCCCAGCUGCCCCCGCGGAGCGUGAUCCAUAUGCCAGAGCUGCUGCGCCCCCAGCAGACCCGUAUGCUAGAGCUCCCCCUCCUGAUCCUUAUGCCCGUUCUGCCGCACCUGAUCCCUACGCCAGAUCAGCUGCUCCAGAUCCCUACGCUGCGGUUUAAAGUUAGAUUCAGCACGAUAUUGUUACCAUGUUACCAGUAGAACUUUAAAUGAUUAACAGUGCUAUUAUGAUGUUAUGUAUACGACCAUAAUGUCCUCAAAAAUAUUUAUAUAUUUUUUCAGUUCUGACGUUUAAUUUAUUUAGGAAGCAGAUUAUACCCAAGUUUCAAUUAAAUAUGAUUUAAAUUACUGCUACUAUUUUUGAUGUAACCUGACUUACACUUUUAUCA